AUGGUAGCAGCGGUUGCCAACGGACCUAGUGAUCACUUGGGAGUAGCGGGGACAAGGUUACGCAAGGUCUAUGAUUUGGCUCAGAAAUACCAAGAUUCUGGGAGCGAUGUAAGGGGCAACAGUGGUAGAGGGCCAGUAAAAAGCCGAUUAGGUUUCCGACCUUCAGAGCGGCUGCCGCAAACGCACAGCAACCAGGGAUCGCAGGAAUGGAAUUUCCGGCAGCCAGGAGGGCAGUAUGGAAGACAAAGACAGUGGACACGACCAGACUAUUCACAAAUGACCUGCAACUUUUGCGGGGUCAAAGGUCACAUCCGUAAAAAGUGCUUUAAGCUAAAGAACCUUAACCGUGAUGCAGUCAAUUUGGUAGAAUCGUAUAGACCAGGACCCUCCGCUGACCGUCACAUUACGGAGCUUCUGGAAAGAAUGCGAACAAGGGACGACGAAGACGACGACAGCGACUCAGAUAUGCGUUGGAAGCGUGGUCGUAAUGGCCCACAGAGCACAGAUCAGGACCUCUAAAGCUGCUACCCAAUGGCAAGGGCCAAACGUUUUGAUUACGAGGAAGGAGAGACCCGAUGAAAUGGAUGACGAUCUGAGUACCCCUAGAAACGAGCCGCCUACUGGCGAUGUGGAGGAAGAGCAGGCUCCGAAGGGAGGGAGGAAAAGAAAGCGUCAGGAAACCGAAAGCCGUCAGGUGAUGGAGCUCCGAAGAUCAAAACGCCCUAAGAAAGUACACCGUAGUGCAGAUUAUCAUUAUGAUUGAAAUUUCUGAAUAUGUUCGGAUAAGCUUAAGAUUUUCAUUGAUUUGAACUCGAUAUUUGUUAAUGAAUUAUUAAUAUGCUUGUGGAUUUAUUUCAUACUCUGAUUAUAUUUGUAACAUAGUAAAGGGGAAGAAUUGUUAUGUUUCACUUGCGCAUCCCUAUGCGCUCUGAUGUCAUUUGACGUUCGCCGUUCGGACGAACGUACUGAG